AAACAUCCGGGAACGAGACCGAUUUUGUAGAUACAACUAUUUCUUUCGUAUUUUCAACCGUGAUUCUUUUGUGUUAAACACAUCUGACUGUCGCUACCUGCAAUUUGUCUAGAGAAACAGUCUGCCAAAUAACGGUUUCGAGUCUCGUCGCACGUGCACCAGGAAAUUUUGAUACUUCUUGCGCUUAUCUCGCCCCGUUGCUGACAUAGGCGGUCCGUCCCACUACUUAUAUUCCUUUGCCUCCAUGGCGGAGAAACAAGCUGUUUCUACUGGGGCCGCUGCUGCCGCCACCGCUGCGACCGCCACCUCCGGCCAGGGUCCGGAGCAGGGGGCGCCUCUUGAGGCACCUCCCCCGUACACGCCGGGGGAAUAUGGAAAGAUGUACCAACCAGCUGCUCCGCCGUACAGCUGCAACAACCAGCAGCUGCGCUACAAUCCACAGUGUUACAACCCCAAUCCUCCAGCCUUUGGGCAGAUUCCCCCACAGCCAGGGUAUCCAGCGCAACCUUCUAACUGGAUGCCCCCGGCGGCCGCGCCCAUACCGGUCGGAGAAGUACCGAAUACGACCAUGUUCAUAACCCACGUGCAGUGUCUCGGGCCGGUGUCGGCAACGCUGCAGUGUCCCGCGUGCCAGGCUACGGUGCUGACCUCUGUGGAGACGGCGCCCGGAUCGGCCGCCUGGCUCACCUCCCUGGUGUGCUGCGUGUUCGGCUGCUGGUGGGGAUGCUGCCUGAUUCCGUUCUGCAUUCCGGAGAUGCAAGACGUAAAGCACAGCUGUCCAAACUGCCGUCACCACAUCGGCACCUACCGAAGACUCUAGUGACGACCGCCCCGGCCGGCCGGCCGUCGGGGAGGAGGAAGCUGGGAGAGGGCGCUGGCGACACACUCACCCGACCCCCCCCCCUGGCCGCCGGAGUAGUGAUAUCUCGAUCGGGUUUAGUGACCGAUUUAAAAAAAAGAUGAUUGUGAUUUUUUGGUCCGGGUAUCGACUAUGGAUGACGUUGCACGAGUUGUGAAGUUGGCCCCUCGUAGGCGAGGGUCCUUGUGAUUUUACAGGAUAAUUAUCAUCACCGCAUUAUUUAAGAAGAUUCGUGAGUAGAGGUUGUUGAUUUUUGAUAUAUCCUCUGAUCCCAGGUCGAACGACCGUUGAAGACAUUUAACACUAAUAUUAGAUGCAUGUAAUGAAAUGACUUAUACAUUCCUGUAGGUUGGUGUGUUGAAUUAAAUGUUCCUUAAAUUGAUUUGAUGAAUUAAUAGUGAAUUAAAUUGAAAAUGAAAUGAAAUUAUUAGUGAGCUAAUUUGUGUCUUUAAAAAAUAAUAUUUUGGACGUUUUGGCAACGUUUCGAAGAAUUUAUAUUAUAUAUGUUGAUGCAAUAACUAAGGAAAUUAGUUUAUGUGACAACCGCUUGGAAUAUAAUUUAUACACAUUUUUCAAGGGAGGUGAUGCUCACUGCACUUAUACAAAAUAUUCCAGUAAUUUGUAAUCGUCACAGCAUGAGAGUUUAUAGACUGUGACUUAUAGAUAGAGAGUGCUUAUAGUUGGGUCACAGGUGCAAAUUUGCUCCUGCCAACGUUGCUGUCACGUUUUAAAUUUUCUGUGGAAACUCGGUGAUCUGACAGGGCACGGUUUUUCUUACCUAACUUCAGCACUUUUUAAUUCCCGUAACAACUCUAAUAAUUUAUAUCACGUUGUCAGGUGAAGUUAAUUAACUAAGUCCACUUGUUUCAAAUAACUAGUCAGAUAUUGGUGAACCACAAAUUUUUAAUAAUUGUCACUGACGUGGCUCUGCGGUUCAUUGCAAUACUACACGAGUAUUAUGACUUGAUUCUUACAGAAGUCUAGUGAAUUAGUGUCAUAGAAGAAUUUAUUAUAGUCCAGAUCUGGUUAGAAAUUAUUUUUAGAAAUAAAAUUAAUGCAUUUUUAAAGCAUUGUGAAAAUAUUCAUCUAUGAUAAAAAAUAUCGUGAUUUACCUAAUA